ACCCUGAUGACGGAAUCUUUGCAAAGACAUUUCUAGUUGUGAUUCAUCGUUUGGUUUGUUUUGCUCGUUCAGAGGGGUAAACAAUUUAGUAACUAAUUAAUAUUUGAAGAAAAACAUUUAACAAAAAAGAAUGGAGUUUCCUCCUUGCCCGGCUUCGUUGAAGCAGAUACAACACUUUUUGAAAAUUGCCCAGGAACAUGAUGCUCGAGACAUCGUUGUGGCUUACUGGUCUAGACUUUACGCUUUACAGGUUGCCCUCAAGCUUACAACCCAACAGCCAGAGGAAACCAAACUGCUAUUAGCUAUUAUGGACUGGUUGGAAACUGUAAAAAAGGAACACUCGGAAAAUGAAGCUAUUACCAAUGAAGUUGCCGCUCAGGCUCAUAUGGAAAAUUAUGCCCUAAAACUAUUUCUGUAUGCCGACAAACAGGAUCGUGAAGGCAAUUUUGGAAAAAAUGUUGUUAAAGCCUUCUAUUCUGCCGGUGUGAUAUAUGAUGUACUGCAAACCUAUGGCGAACUUACCGAGGAAGCCAUACACAAUCGUAAAUAUGCCAAAUGGAAGGCAGCAUAUAUACACAACUGUUUGAAGAACGGUGAAGUACCAAUAUCGGGACCUAUGAAAGAGGAGGACGACGAAAACGAUGAAAAUAAUAUGGAGAACAAUGAAAAUAAUAUGGGUCCAAAUCAAAUAACACCGGAAGAUGAUGCUCCCUCAAAUGAAUUUAAUGAAGCUGCUGGUGGCGGCGGCGCCGAUGACAAUACAAAUGAUGCCUCUGAAGAGGCCGAAAAUCCACCAGCACCACCAACUGCCGAGGAAAUUCUAAAUAAUCCCAGCAAGCUACCAUCGCCACCAGUGGAAGAAGAAAAGCCUGGCGGUUUUGAGCCAUUUGUACCACCCGCAACUCCACAUCCAGUCUAUACGCCUGUGGCACCAAUUGCAAAUAUACAAAUAACUCCAGAACAAAUGAUAACAGCCCAAAAGUAUUGCAAAUAUGCCGGUAGUGCCCUCAAUUAUGACGAUGUUAAAACGGCAAUUGUGAAUUUGCAAAAAGCCUUAAAACUUCUUACCACCGGUCAGGAUGAUUAGGUGUGGAAGAGUAAAAUCUUUGUAUAUCUACGAAACUCUUUUUUGUUUUUAUUUAAUGCUAUAUAUUAAUACUAUUCCAAUUUUAAGUUAGCAUAACUGAAAAAUGCUUGUUAGUUGCAUCUUAACGUAAUCAAAUAAACUUAGUGAAAAGAAACAA